AUGAAAUUAAGUACACUUGAUACAAAAGACCCGAUUGAUUUUAAUAAUUUGACAAUAAUUACCCAUCCAAAACCGCCACGUCGUAGACAAAGCGGUGCAACCUAUAUACCAUUUCGUCCAUAUGUCAAAUGUCUUAAUAGUAUACGCCAACAACAUUCGUUUACAGAUGGAAAAGCAAGCUGGCUUACACAGGGAAAAGACGAAAUUUUUUUUACUCAACAAAAUGCAAGAUGUAUUGGAACAUUAUUAGACGAUUGUGGUAUAUCCGAUUCUAUUCGAUUAGAUAUUGAAGCCGAAUCAACGAAAUUACCGAUGAUGUGUAAACUAUGGAUUAUAGUUGAUGGUGCUGUUGUGGAGCGAGGUAAAGCACACAUGGUUCAAGAUGCGGCUAUUCAAGUUCAUACCGGUGGUCGAUCUCGUCGGAAUUUAACAUUAAAUGAUAGCGCUUCACGAACAACAACCUAUGAUAGACGACGUCGUCAGAGUUGGCAUGAUAUUAGUGAAUAUCGAUCGGUACCGUAUUACCAGUACUCACGUCCAGCGAAAGAUUGUCCACAAACGGGUGUUCAGUGUAAUAGGGAUUUAGAAACACCACUGUCCAUGAUAACAGAAACAUCAGAUGAUACAAAGCUAAUCAAAGAAGAAAAAAUUGUCACACAAGAAAAGAAAUCAAUUAUGACGCAAACUGAAUCAACACAUGAUAAUAGUUCAACGCAAACAAAUUUCGAAUAUGUUCAUUUUUAUCAUUUAUUGAGUCAUCAAAGUACAGCUAUUCUAUCAUCCAUGGUAGAUCCUGUACUUUAUCAUCAUCAAUCACAUUUAACAGCUGAAAGCUAUUCAUGGGAAACAACGGAAACGUUUCGAAAUGGUGUUAGGUAUAACAAUGUCUUCGUAUCAACUGGUGAUGAUUAUCCAAAAUGGUGGAUUCAAGUUUUAAGUACUGCGAGUAUAUUAUCAGAAAAAUCGAUCAAUGUUCAAGAACAACAAUCGAUCAUAACAAUGUCUAGUCCACGAAUGCAAGAGCAAGGUGUUCAAACCGAACGUAAGCAGUCUCGUCAACAAUCAUCAUCGUCUCUAUUAACAGAGAAGAACUUAUACGAUGAUUUUGACGAAAACAAUCACACUCGUAUGCGAACAAAUAGCGGUUAUUCAUCACAAAAUGAACAUUUACGAUCAAAAACAAAUUCACGUCUAUCUGACUAUUACAGUAGCGAUUUAGACGGUAAUUUGACAACAGCAAAUAAUAAUAAACGAGCUGAUCAAUCAUCAUCUCGUUUAAGCGAUUAUUUAUCAAUUAAAGAAGAAGAUGGUCAAAAUAAAAAUAGCUCUUCCUCUCAAACUCAUUCACCAUCACGAGGAGGAGGAGAUCAUCUGGAUUAUAAACAAUUUGAAUUAUCAUUAAACACUUUACCGAUUAAUAAUCAUCAUUCAUUAACUCGUCAAUCAGAUGUUAGUUUAAAUUUAUCAUCUUCACAUAUUUUACGUUCACCAUUUCAACGAAGUAGUACAACAGCAGCAAGAAAUCGAACAAGUUCAGAAAUAUCAACAAUUCUAGACAAUAGGCAACAUCGAACAGGAGCAAUAAUAGCAACAAAAUGGGAACCAACAUCAACAUCCAUACUUAUUGAUGAUAAAAUGAUAAAACGGGAAACACGAAGUGAUGUUGAAAGUGAUGAUUCGUAUGUUCCAUCAUUAUCUGAAAUAGAUCGUAUUUUAGAAAUAUAUCGACAACAAGCACUUCUUGAAAUUAGUCAGCGAUCAAAUAUCGAUAAAACAAAUAUGGAAAUGGAAUUAUAUACGGGUAAUGAACAUUCAAUUCGAUCAUCAAGACACAAUUCAGUAAAUGUUAUUCCAUCACAGGGUACUAUAGCAACAAUAGCAACAAAAUAUCGUUCAAUUAAACCAACAAGCCAAGACAUGAUCAAUGCAUAUAUGGAUGAACGUUGCACUGCAUGUAUACCACGAUUAUUAACAUCACGACUAGAACCAUCACUUGCACUACCACCCAUAUCAGAAUUAUCACUAAUCAAACCGGAAUAUGUUGAAUUGAACUAUAAUAAUUAUUGGAGUCCAUGGAUUGCGUAUAAUGAACAACGUGUGAAUGAUUUACAAAAACGAAUUGAAUUGUUACUCCAAAUUGAUGAUGAUCAAGAUUUAUUGACAUUGACAGCUCCGUCUCUAAUAUCCUCAUCAAAUAGAACAGUUACGCAACAUAUUGAUGAUAUUUUAUUACAAGAUAAAUACAAUGAUAAACAUCAUUUCUUAGGACAUCGUGCACUUACUUAUCCAUCGACAAACAGUAAAUCGAGUAGCAGCAUUACACAUGCUAAUGGCAUAUUAAAUUAUCCAUCUUACUCUCGUUAUUCACCACAUUUUUAUCGACUAAGAGCAGCAUUAAAUUAUACUGCUCUACCAGAAAAUAUGUAUCAUGCAUUACCAAUUUCUCCAAGAUUUACACAACAAAAAUCUGUACGAAUUGGUCCCGUCACUCACUUAAAAUCUACACCUGUUUCACCACGAUCUGCGGAUCAUUCACAUCAUCGUUUAAAAUCAACAUCACGAUCAGUUCUACAUAAAAAACCACCAACUCAUUAUCAUCGAUCAAUAUUACGCUCAACAGCACCACAUAUGAACACUUCUCAUAUCUGGCAAAAUUCAACAGAUGGAUUAACAUACGUUCUUCAACAAUGGAGUAUACCACGAUAUUAUCGUUUAUAUGAUGAUGUCGGCUUUCGUGACAUGUAUAGGAUUUCGUUAUUAAUGAAUCCUUAUUUGGAUCAAGCUGAUGUCUAUUCAAAUAUAGCAAAAAAUUAUUUAUUUGAACAAGUGACAGCAUCAUCUUAA